AUGGCAAACGACUCGACCUUUCAUCAUUUCCAAGAAUUCGAAACGGCCUUGGCAGUAUGGCUGUAUUUCCCGCCCUUUCUGAUCAUCAUCGGUACAUUUGCCAACGUUUUAUCUAUUGUCGUUCUUCUUCGGAAGCCGAUGAGGACGUCAAAUACCAUGUUUUAUCUCCUCGUCCUUUCCGUCGGCGACAUAUUUGUACUGUAUACGGGUUUGCUACGCUACUGGCUGAAGUUCGGAUUCAAUCAUGAUUUCAGACUUAUUUCUAACGCCUUCUGUAAGGUUCAUGGUUUUCUAGUUUACGUGUCUUUAGACUUUACAGCAUGGGUAUUGGUUGCAGUGACUGUAGACAGAUGCUUUUCAAUUCGUCACCCAUUUAGAGCAAAGGUGAUCUGUACACGCUCCGUGGCUAAGGUAAUUGUUGUUGUUAUUUUUCUUAGCCUUAUUGCAAUCAAUGGACAUCUGUUUUGGUCACUUGCAAUAAUUGACCUCGCCGACGAAAUCCAAUGUACGGGUAUAACGUACUUUGCUAGUACAAUAUGGCCCUGGAUGGACUUCAGUGUUUUCAGCGCAAUACCUUUUGUAAUAAUGAUUGCAAGCGACAUCGUUAUUGUGCGACAGCUGUGUCGGUCCUCAAAGAGAAUCAGAGCUCAUGAAAUGGCGAACCGGACACGGAACAAUUCAGAAAAUGACUCAACUAAAAGCAGAGGUGGACGGCAUCCGAUUCGACAAAGAUUGGGAAAAAUCUCAAGCCUCACGAUUAUGUUACUGUCUGUGAACUGUUUGUUCCUAGUUCUGACCGCUCCAAUCGUGAUAUAUCUUAUUGGGUAUAACAAAUGGUAUGUUGAUGCUUCCGAUCAUGCACGUGCUAAAAUGAACUUGUUAUGGUCUUUUUGCAAUAUGAUGCAAUACCUCAACAAUGCUAUUCACUUCUUUAUCUACUGUCUUACAGGACCAAAAUUCCGACGGGAGUUGAGAUAUUUGUUCACGAAAGGCAGCAGGGUAGUAUCUAUUGAACAGAUGUCAGGAACAGAGCUCUAUUAA